UGUGGCUGUUGGACUCUCAGUUUGAAUAUUGUGAUGUCAAUAUGACUAAUCGGGUUUUGACUCUCACUGUAUGUCCUGAUGUUCUGUUGUCAAUAUGACCCCGACUGUGACCUCUGAUCGGCGGAUCAGUAUGCCGAGCACAGCGAGUAGCUUUCCUGUGGCCUCCACUCUGUCUCUCACUCCCAGUCCUUCAGGCAACAGUGGAGUGGUUCAUAGUCCUCCAGGAAACAGCUGACAAACAAGGGCGACAAUGUUAGCUGCUCUCACAACAUAUCAAACAAGGGGGAUAAGCCGAGAGAGAGAAAGAAGAAGAAGCAGCUGGCCCCAUGCCCAUAACCUGCCUGCUGUGUCCUCACACCCUCCCCUCUCCUGUCCUCCAGGUCUGAGGGUGGACAGCCCAUCUCACCUUCCUCUGUGGUCAUCUGUAGCAGACACUGCAAGAGCCUGGUGUUCAGUCCUCGACAGACGACGACAGUCCUUCGUUUGGUGAGUCUGCCGGAGACUGGCGCAGUCCGGGGUGGUUACUGGGGUGGAGUACAGGACCGUACCCGCGUGAGGAGUAAGGACACUGACACACUUCCACAUCUUUCGUCUGACAGCAUUUCCAGUAUGACCAGGCUCGAUAAUACAAAGGAGUCAAGACAGGACGACCUCAGUUGUCUCCCGUAUUUGGAUGAACGGACGGUGGUGGACGCGCUGCGCACACGUCACGCCCAGGGCCAGUGCUAUACCUACAUCGGCGAUGUGCUGCUGUUCGUUAACCCCUUCAAGGCCGUGCCAGUCUACAGUCAGGAGCAGCACCGCCUGUACCAGCAGCUGGUCGCACGCUCAGACGCCAAGCCGCACGUGCUGUGGGUUGCCCAAUCAGCGCUGGAGCGUGCGUGCGUCACGCGGUGUGCCCAGUGUGUGGUGGUCAGCGGUCAGUCGGGGGCCGGCAAGACGGAGACCAUCAAACACGCCGUGUGUCACUGGACUCGCGCUGUGCACAGCCUGCAUGCGUGUCUGGACAUCCGAAUAAACCAGCACAACACCUGUAACAUGAACAUGACAGAUAAACAGCACCACAGCAACACUGUACCAUGA